CGGGCGGCGCCGCGAUCGUGGCCGGUCCCUGCAGCCUCUCCACCGGGGAGGGUCCUGACAGGCUCCGUGUUUCCCCUGUCGCUGCGAAGUUUUUUUGUUUGUUUGUUUGUUUGGUUGGUUUUGUUUUUGUUUUUUGUUUUUUGGGGUUUUUUUUCUGUUUUUUUUUUUUUUUCUCUCUGUAGCUGGGAAGUGCCGAGCUCUUCACUCGAAGUUAAUCAUCUGCUUACAAUUAACCUGUGACCUCCCACACCCGCGGGGCCGCGCUGUAGCUUUAAGGCGGGCAGUGGAAGCGGGAGGGGGGACACAACAGUGCCAGGUCCAGCUCCGAAGCUGCUGCAGAUCACUUGCUCCUGCCCGGCUAUGGGGAGCCGCAACCUUCUGACCACCCUCCUGGCCGCUGCCCUUGCCUCCCUUCUGCCGCCCCCCGCCGCCCCCUCAGCCCACCGCAAACUCCUGGUGUUCCUGCUCGAUGGUUUUCGCUUCGACUACAUCGAUGACAGCGAGCUGGAGGGUCUGCCGGGCUUUCGGGACAUUGUGAACAUGGGGGUGAAGGUGGAUUACAUGACCCCAGACUUCCCCAGCCUUUCCUACCCAAAUUACUACACGCUGAUGACGGGUCGCCACUGUGAGGUCCAUCAGAUGACUGGAAACUACAUGUGGGACCAAAAGACAAAUUUAUCUUUUGAUAUUGGUGUGAAUAAAGAAAGCCUGCUGCCUCUCUGGUGGAACGGAUCGGAGCCUUUGUGGGUCACAAUGAUGAAAGAAAAAAAGAACGUUUUCAUGUACUACUGGCCAGGUUGUGAGGUCGAAAUCCUUGGAGUCAGACCAAGUUAUUGCCGUGAGUACUUCAGCGUCCCAACAGACAAGAACUUUGCGGAUGCCAUCAGUGAUGCUCUCGAGUCUUUGCGCAAUGGCAGUGCCGAGAUGGCUGCUGUGUACUACGAGCGCAUUGAUGUGGAAGGCCACCACUAUGGCCCUUUGUCCCAGCAGCGGAAAAGCGCUUUGAAGGAGGUGGACAAAGCCCUGAGCAACAUGAUCACACUCAUCAAGAGCAAGGGCCUUCAGCAUGAAGUCAACGUCAUCCUCUUCUCCGAUCACGGGAUGACAGACAUCUCUUGGACAGAUAAAGUGAUUGAGCUAAAAAACUAUAUCAAUAUGAGUGACACCAUACAAAUGAAAGACCGAGGUCCUGUGGUGAGCCUCUGGCCAGCUCCAGAGAAGCACACAGAGAUAUAUCAAAAAUUGAAAGCUGUGGAACACAUGCAUGUUUAUAACACACAGGAAAUUCCAGACAGGUUUUUCUACAAAAAAGGAAAAUUUGUGUCUCCUCUGACUCUUGUGGCUGAGAAAGGAUGGUUCAUAGUAGAGAGCAGGGACAAGUUGCCCUUCUGGGAGAACGGGACGGGGAGGAAGGAGGCCUGGCAGAACGGCUGGCACGGCUACGACAAUGAGCUCAUGGACAUGAGAGGCUUCUUCCUCGCCUAUGGGCCAGAUUUCCGAUCCAACUUCCGAGCGCCUCCCAUCAGAUCCGUGGAUGUUUACAACAUCAUGUGCAGCCUGGCAGGAAUACAGCCGCUACCCAACAAUGGCUCCUGGUCCAGGGUGGAGUGCAUGCUCCGAAACACGGCCCCCUUGGCACCGCUCCCCUCGCGUGGCAGCUGUGCCCUGGCGCUGGCUCUGCUCGCCCUGUUCGCCAAGCAGAUCUUACUGUGACCCCCAAACAAUGUUGGUCAGUGUCACCAGCAACUCCAUCCGUCUCUUUUUUUUUUUUCCAAGUUCUUCAUUUGAAUAAUAACUUCAUUAAUAGUGCGCUGCCCCCCCCCCCCCACUCUUUCAUCGUGCUCCACCAGGCGUGAAUCUGACCCAUCCUGCUUUCACAGCAGUUAUAACGUGAGGCCAGGUUUUCUGCUGCUCUAAACACAGCCAGGGAGUUGGUGUUGCUACUCUGAAUUUACAGCACCAGUAACGAGAGCAGAAUCCUGGCUGGCUAUCCGCAAAAUUUUCUGGUGGGUUCACGUGAAGAUCUCUGAGCAUCAAACACAUUUUACCCCAGCUUCUUUAAUGGAGAGGCUAACCCUGGCUCCUGGAGCUGAGAAGCUCAGGGGUGGGGAAUGGAUCUUUGUACAUUUGUGUUCUUUCUGUUUUACUCCUUCAUCUCCAGCAGAGCCCCACCUUCUCCUCACCAACACAUGCUUCAAAGAGCCAAGCUCUUUGCCGAGUGAUCAUAGUGCUGAGAGAGGUGGGUCGACAGGAGAGCACUGAGAGCAUCCUGCUUCUCCCAGCCUUUCCUUCUUCAUUUUUCCCAAAGUGAACCCUGGCCCUGCACACCUCCAGAGCUGGGCUUUCCUCAUGGACAGCUGUGGAGGGAGGGGCUGGGAAAGGGGAGAGCAAUACAAAUCCUCCACUUACAAAGCAGGAGGAAACUGAAAAGGCAUCUGGACACACAGGGGUCAGGAAAGUAGGAUGAGGAAGCCUGGCAUUUAACAGCCUCUCUGCUUUUCCUGUUGAAGAUAAUAUCACCUGCUCAGGUUUGGGGUUUUUUUGUACUCAAUUGCAUUUCUGAAGGUUUCUCAACACCUGCUGCUUUUCUGCCAGCUCCUGCUCUCUCCACUUCUGCCCAGUGAGCAGCACAUUUCCCUUUACUCUGCAGCAGAGAGAGAAGUCAUGCUGAUGGAUCUCCCACCCUCUCAGUUAAUCCUAGCGGAUAUUUCCAUCAUGGGCUAUCAAGCCCAAAUGAAGUUAAAUAGCAGGAGAGGAUGGAGCUGUUGUUGGAGGUAAUGCCUCUGAAGGUUUACUCAAAUGGAAAAGGCAUUCCUGAAAAUGUCAACAUGGAAGAUAUAUUAAAUCCUUGAACAACUUGAUUUUUCCCUACUCAUCCACUCCAGUGCAGCCACAGGUCCACCUUGAGGUGAUGUUCAACACAAGGCUGGUGGCAAAGCCAGCACCACAGUCUGUUAGACUCAAUUCACUUAGUUGUUAAAUCAUCUAGUUGUCACAGUCCUUGGUCUUACAGAGUGGGGUGGAUGGAUGCCAUGAUGGGUCAUUAGAGAGGUGUUGUUUUUACUUCAUCAAAUUUCUACUGUGAAAUGAGCUCAUCUAGAACAGGGCUGGAAGGGUCUGAUCCCACAAAGUGUCCUUUCCUCUUUGGGAGGCUGUGGCCCUCGGCGAUGCCCUUGGGGGUGCUCAGCACUUGUUCUGAUAUACCUCUGAACCAGGAGCCUUCCAUUACAAACUGCCUUUGGAAGGAUUUAGGUUCCCUCCCCAUGCAAAAUAAACCUCUAGGAAUUAUUGUUCCUGUGGAUCCAGAGUCAAACAUGAUCCAGGUAUGUGUGGUACAGUGAGUUUAAAAAAAACCAAACAAACAACAAAACACCAAACAAAAAACCCAACCAACCAAAAAAAAAAAAAAAAAACAAACAAAAAACAAACACCAAAUUAAACUUGACAAGAGAUUUCUGUAAUAGCAGUAAAGAUUUAUGUAAUGUGUUUUUAAAGCUCAAGUGAACCAUCAAAUCAAUUGGGGGGAAAAAAGGGAGAAAAUCAGUCUUUGUUAUUAGACUUCAGUAUAAAAGGCAAUUUAGUGCUUUCGAAGCAUUUGCAGUAGCUGUAAAACAAGUACCUAUUGUUCAGAGUUCCCUGUUGAUCUUUAAUGGACCAGGCUCAAUGAAUUCACUGGAGCACAUUUUUAAUGUGAAAAACUCAUCAGUAUACAGGAUAACAAAAUGACUAAAUUACCAAGUUUUGUUUGAAAAUCAACAGGAUAUAUACAGUCGGUGCCUGCUAAUCCCUUCACAGCCUGCCAUUUUAACUGUUACAGUGAACAGAACCCAAUGUCCUUUCACAGUAGAAGAGAUCUUGAAAGUAUAAUGGCAUAUUCAGAUUCUCAGUUAUACAAGCAAAAAUUGAAAAUAAUAAACUGCGUCCACUGAGUUGUUCCAGAGAUGGGCCGUGACACACAAAACCAACACUGAUCCCUGGGAAUACAUCGUGUAUCUUGUUUUUGUCAGUGUCCACAUGCAAAUACUACAGAAUAAAUCUUUUAAUUGCAAUACGAUUUGUUUGACCUUAAUACCAGCAUCGUGUUUACAGCAAUACGCCUCAAAACGUACUUGAACUGUAAAAGGGAAAUUUGAUGGUAGACCUGCAAGAAGCUCCUUAGCUUCAGGAGAACUACAGAUGAUUAUUUUUUAAGAAGUGCACCUUUCUUCCUCAGAAAUGUUGUACCUCUGAAUCAGUUCACAUUCUCAUUCAAAAAUCAAGUGUCUUGGCUCUAGCUUAUUUUUCUGUAUACUGUGCAAUGGGGGUGGGUGUAUUUUAAAACCUAUUUCUGAGUGAUGUUUUUGUACAAUGACUGAUUGUGAAUGAGUGAAUAAUUCUAAGAAUGCUGUUAGAAAAAAAUAUGCAUCUUUUUGUAAAUACUGUGAGAUUUUUGAAAAAAAUCCACCUCUGUAAAACCUUGCCUUUCUUGUUUGAUUGCUGCAUCGAAGUGUGAUAAACAGUGUUUGAAGCUUGUGCUGAUUAAUCAUCAGAAAGAUGAAUGAUAACAUUGUUUAGAAAGGCAGAGUUGUCAGCAUGUAAAUUAGGGACAUUAAAUACAUCACACGAGAUACUGUA